CCCACACCGUCUCCAGAACACCCCGACCUACCACACCCACCUACCACGAGGCACACGCUCUGGCGCUCUGGGCGAACUGCCGGCAACCACGCCAAUCGCCGACUCGAAUUGCUGUGCGCGGCCGACUCAUCCCGCCCACAGCCCGACGCGUCCGACCAAGUCCUUGGCCUUUCCAAUACGACGCCGGCACCUUUGCCCGUCUGCGCUUUGCUCCUGACUUGGCUUUUUCUCACUCUCGCGCACCUCGCCUUUCUGUCCUGUCCUCUCUGCCAAUUGCAUCGUCGAGGCAAGACGCCGGCAGCAAAAUCAGCACUGGCAGGGACACGGCUGAAGCUGGAACCCUAGACGAUACUCUGCAAUAAGAUACCCAUUAAGUGUCCAAAGCGCAGGCAAAACCACCGCACUGGACCAUCUCCUCGAACCACACCCGAGCCACGGCCAACAUCAUUGCCAUCUGACUGGGCCUGCCCGCAAGCUUCCCGAUUCAGGCUCUGGCUCUUGCUUUUCUGAAAUCUUUCUUUUCUGCUCAGCUCUAUAGCACUCUCCCUGGCCAGCAGAGUCAUUGCUUCCCCGUUUGCCCUCAAUACCCCCUGUGUCAGCAAGCAAACACCCCAGCUGAACAUCUGACCCUCUCCCCGGCAUCACUCUCCCCACACCACUCAGAGGCCAGGACACUCAGAGGCCAGGACGCUAGCGUCCCGACAGGCGAGGGCAAACGCCGCGCACGUUGCUUUUUGGAUGGCUGGGCUGGCCGAGACACUGUGAUACACCCCGCCGGGUGGUUGCGUCGGCUCCGGUACGGUGCAGCGUUCGUACUGGACUGGUGGCCCCCUGCAAACAAAGACUUGCACACAACCUUUUCGCGCUGUUUGCCCGACCUCUCCCACCAUGGACAGUCUCACACAAGGAGCGUACUCGCACAACGCGAGGGACCGCUCCCGCCACUCUUUGCCACACCCCGGUGCCCCGGUUCAGCUACCACGAGCCCCUUCUCGCGCUAGCAACAGCACCUCAAAUACACGCGCCUCCCCAAGCGCCAACAGCUCGUCCAGCAACCUCGCCAAGUCGGUGGCAUCGACGACGUACCCGUACCGGUCCCAACAGUACCACAGCCGCGGCUCCAUCGCAAGCGAACGCGACCGCCCGAGAUCGUCGAGACUUUCGAGAGAGGCCACCAACGAGUACGACACACGACUGGCAGUGUCGGUCGCGUCUAGCUACCUGCAGGAAAAGCUGCAGCGAGAGAGGAGAUUCGAGAGUGGGCGGUCGUCAGCAAGUCGGACUAGUAGUGACGCGAUGAGCGCAACCGCCGAGGUCAGAGCCGUCCAAAGCUCGCCCGUUCGGGCGUCGACAUCGGAUGGGCGACGCCCGCGAUCGAGUGGCGGGGACGCCGCAAAGAAGAAGGCCAUGGGGCUCAUGGAGAUGGAACAGACCAUCACCAAGAUGCACAAGGUGAACUUCGAUCUCAAAUUCGAGCUGUACCAUCGCCGCGAGCGGCAAACGGAGCUCGAGAGCAGCCUCGAGUCUCUCAAGACGGAACGGAGCGAGCUCGAGGACCUGAACGACAGUCUGAUGCAGGAGCUCGAGAAGAGAGACAAGGCCAUAGAGGAAGCCGUCGCCAUGAUCGUAACGCUCGAAGCCAGUGCCGAAAAGCUGCAGAAGGAGAACGAUAUUCUCAGGGCCGUAAGGGCCGACCCACUUGGUCGGCAGUCGAUGGAUAUGCCCUCCCCGAAAACGCCACGGCCUGAGGAUGCGCCAAGCCAAUACUCUCACCUGAACCCUCACGACAGGACUUUGAACAGGAUGCCGAGCUUCUUCAGUGAAAUCAGCGAGAACACGGAGAACCUGCGAAACGUUUACCUGGAGAACACCGGAAGCCUCCGGCGGGUUUCGGACCCAAUGCGAGAUGACGAGAUGGGCAAUCAUAAGUUGAUGUCUGCGCCGAGUCUCAGCGUUCUGAGCGAGAGUUCCUUCGUCAGCGUCUAUGGCCACAAGAGUAUGCUCCACAGCUCAUCGUCACCACCACCACGAUCGGACCCGGCAGACGGAAAUGAGGCUUCGGCGCAGAAGAGACAACAAUCGCCAAACCCCCUGAUGACUCCCGCUCCUCAAAAGAACCGUCGGGGAAGCGCUUCGUCUAGGAAGUAUCCGUCGGGCGCCUUCACGUCGAUCAACGAUGUCCUGGACGCCUCACCCCUGCAGAAACUUCAGAGAAGUCUGCAGAUGGACGGCAAUCAGUCAUACCUGAAUGACAUUGGAGCCACUAACAGCGGCACACCCACCAGUCUCCGGAUCGAGACUGGUACCCCGCAGAACUCAACGCUAUCCCCCGAGCAGCAGCAACGAGCGCAUCAGCGUCUCAGGCAGGAGAAGAGGGAGGCGCUGCGCAAGGUGAUGACGGACGGUCCCCGGGAUCUUGGCAGCAACCUGCCACCCACACCCGACACCAUUUCCACCUCGACACUGCGACGGUUCAAGAAUUCGAACGAUGCGCUGCCCCAUCACCAGCAUCCGGGAGGCGCCUCCCUCGACCGCAGCUUCGGGGCCUCGUCCGAGGGAUCGACUUCGAGGUCGGUAAGUGCCGAGACAGCGUCGGCCGAGCAAACAGGACGCCGGGUGUCGCGCACACCGUCGACGUCGGCAUUCCACGGAAGAAGACAGGGUCCUCGGGACUCGGGUGCCUACUUCGAGAACCGGCAACCCAUCCCAAGACCGCGUUCCGCAGACGAGACGACUAGCUCUCGCGGCGGUAGAGAAGCCAAUGGUUGGGGGCCUGACAGCUCUGACGACGAGUUUGACGACGGCGCCUCCGUCUCCUCGACCGACUGCUGGAUGCGGGAGGGACUCAAACCCAACCGCCGAUUCCCCAACAACGGGGCGAUCCUGGCGGGCGAGGAAGCGCUUGAUUCGCCCGAUCUCUUCAGCUUCCCCGCCCAAGCGGGUGGCUCCGGCGGGUGGGCCACCGGGGCCAUGUUUGGAGACCUGGGCGGGGCCGGUUAUUUCGGCUCUGGACCUGCGCCCACAGCCAACGCUCUGGACGCUCUCGGUGCGUCGCUCCCCGCUCCGCAAGCAGGUAUUUUCGGUUCCGGCUUGGCGUCUCCUGGCCCCGCCGGCUCCGUACCGCCACCCCCCAGGCGCUCCAGCCUUCAUGCCCACACCAGCUCGACCGGCACCGCGAGCAUGCCGCCGUCGAACCGCGCGGCGCCACCGGCCAAGCUGCGCAAGUCGCCCAUGCGCCCGGGAUCUCGUGGACGUAGUAACAGCGUCGACGUCGACUCGGAGCAGCCGCCGACCCCGACUCUCGCUGCCACGCCCACAACGGCCGUGCCGGGAGAGCCAUCCAAGAGGCACUACCCACCAAUUGCUGGCCAACAGCAGCCUCCACGUCGCUCCGGUGGACUACAUGCUCUAUUUCGACGAUCGAUUGGGUCCAGUGCCGACAUGCCCCCGCAGCCGCCUGCAAGCGCCCCGCCCCCGGAGACGGGGUUCAAGAGCGCAUACCCACCGCCCCCGCCACAGCAGUCGCCCACAAGCGGAUCCGCCGUGGGCAUCCCCUCGUGGAGCCGUCGGGGCGACGAACUGUCGAGCUCGACGCCGCCGCCCAUCCUCCGUAACCCCCGCGUGCGACGCAGCACCAUGCACGCCGACGUCGGGGCCGGCGAGGGAUACGAGGACCAUCAAGGCGGCGCGCCACUGUCGCCCGCGUUCCCGAGCCCAGGCGGACGCCUGUCGGGCACCAACGUCGCAAACGUUCAGGCCGAGGAGCAACAGCAGCCCUCGCCGGGCGGGCGCAAGCGAGGCUGGCUCGGCCUGGGCAGAGUCACGAGCCUGCGCAAACACGGCGGCUAGAAGCCGAGCGUCGAGCCAGUACCCGAGGCCUCGGUGAUUCAACCGCGAGUCGGGCUGAGAAAGGCCGUGUCGAUGAGGUUGAGCAGUCUCCGAACGAUAUAAACAAGGCCAGGCUGCGGGUUGCGCAAUCUCUGCAUCACUAGUCUGCAGGAACAAACAGUACCGCAGACAUGUUCUCAACAACCGGGAAAAGCGAGCGUAAAUGUCGUUUUGUACCACUCUUGUUUAAACAUUCGGUUGGCGCAGUUUGAUGACGUCAGCCAACCAGAGAAGAAUAAAAAAAAGUAGGGAAAAAAUAAGAUAAAAAAAGGAGGGAGAAAGGAAAGGCGACGGGAGAUGCCCGCAAAGUUUGGUCGCCAAUUGCUUGAGUUGGAGCGAAGCACACAUUUUUCCUAUGUAAAUUCAAUGUACCUACCUCGGUUGGCUUUCUUCGUGCUUGGGCUAAAUUUAAACACGCCAGCAGGCAACGUUGCCUUUUUAUUCUUUCCGUGUUGCUGUCGUCCCUUGAGCCGUGUUCAACUUUGACCUCCUAAUUCAUGAUGUCACC